UCUCAUUCCUCUCUCUCCUACUUCGGAACCAAGCGAAUCAACGGAACCCACUGUGGAGAGAGCAGUAGUACUACUUUUCUAGAGAGAGAAAGUAGAGAGAUAAACACACAUAGCAAAGGUGGAGAGACGACGAAUCGACGAGGAGCAACGUACUACUGCUGCUGCUUAUAUAAUAGUAUAUAUAUUAUUAUUAUUAUUAUUACAGUAUAAUUCAUCAAUAGAUCCAUCGUCUUUUAUUUUUUUGGUCUCUCUCUACUUUUUCUCUCUUUUGUCGUAGAUCUUGAAUAUUGCGAUCAGACUCACACUGGGAUCUCUCCUUUAGCUGCUUUUUCAAAAGACCACAGUGGUCCAAGAUUCUGGAGAACUAGAAGGAUGCUCUGAGAUACUGCAGUGAUGCCUUCUUCCUAAAUGAAGACAGUUCGUGCAUGGAGGCUUGGCAUAAGAGAUAUGCUGAGCACAUCUGGGUACCGCCAGCGGCCACAUUUAAAAAGACCAAUAUGGGUUAUUAUAUUAGUUUGUUUGGUGAGCAUUUUUCUGCUCGGAGCCUAUAUUUAUCCACCCAGAAGCUCUGCAGCUUGCUAUAUCUUUUCCUCCAGUAGUUGCACCAUGUACGAAAAGAUUCUACCUAUUCCUUCCAGAGAAUUAUCAGACGAAGAGACAGCAGCUCAGGUUGUAAUCAGGGAAAUAUUGAAGACACCUUUUCAAUCAAAGAACCCGAAAAUUGCUUUCUUGUUCUUGACACCGGGUCCAUUGCCUUUUGAAAUGCUGUGGGAUAAGUUCUUUCAAGGUCAUGAGGAUAGAUUUACUAUUUAUGUACAUGCUUCUAGGGAAAAACCAGUACAUUUGAGUCGUUAUUUUGCUGGUCGGGAGAUACGCAGUGAGCAGGUUGUUUGGGGAACAUUUUCCAUGGUAGAUGCAGAGAGGAGACUUCUGGCAAAUGCACUUAAAGACCCUGAUAAUCAGCAGUUUGUUUUGCUAUCUGAUAGUUGUGUGCCAUUGCAUAACUUUGAUUAUGUGUACAACUACCUAAUAUUCACGAAUGUUAGUUUUAUUGACUGCUUUGUGGAUCCGGGUCCACAUGGAGGUGGCAGGUAUUCACCGCAUAUGAUGCCGGAAGUUGAAUAUAAGGACUUCCGGAAGGGUUCGCAGUGGUUCACCAUGAAGCGGCAGCAUGCUAUAAUACUUAUGGCAGACAGUCUUUACUACACAAAAUUCAAGCUCUUCUGCAGGCCAAACAUGGACGGACGCAAUUGCUAUGCUGACGAACAUUACUUGCCAACAUUUUUCCAUAUGAUCGAUCCUGGCGGUAUGGCAAAUUGGUCAGUAACAUAUGUGGAUUGGUCUGAAGGAAAGUGGCAUCCAAGAUCAUAUAGGGCUCAAGAUGUUACAUAUGAACUCCUUAAAAUGAUCACUUCCACGGAUGACAACCUGCAUGUUACGAGUGAUCAGAAGAAGACAGCGAUGAUUAAUCCUUGCACGUGGAAUGGAAUGCAGCGGCCAUGCUAUUUAUUUGCUAGAAAAUUCUACCCCGAAACUCUGGACAACUUGAUGCACAUUUUCUCUAAUUAUACGAUUUUUUAAGCAUUGCUGCAACAUUAUUAUUCUUUGGUUGGAUCAACAGCAUCCGGCCCUCCCCUUACCUCAGAUUCUGGUAUAUAAUUUCGGAGCGCUCUAAUGUGACAUAUUAUGGAUCACUGGAUGUACUACUAGAUAAAAUGUUCCUACAUGAAGGAUGAUCGACCGAGGAAUUUAGGUCGUUUGACUUGGGGUUUGAGGAAGCUGAAGGCCUGUUUCUUUGCCUCUUCAGUUUGGGCGACUGUUUCACAUUUCCACUCCCCUCUCCCUCCUUUCCUUAUCCAUUUUUUUUUUUUUUUUUCCAUCAUCAUUUUUUGUAUUUUGGACACAGAAUUCUGUGUUUCUAUUUUAAUGGAUUUUUAGUC